UUGAGGUUAUCUACCAAUCGCAUUACGAAGGUUGCGAAUGAAUCGUCGGUCGAAGAGCGUGAGGUAUCAUGUUUGACAUAUGGAAUAAUUUAUCGUGCAACGCUUCGAGUAAAGAAAAUAUGAAUUCAAUAAUGUUCCUAAAAGUAUAAUCGUGCAAUAAAUACAAAGAUAGAAAUACUCCUCAAGAUGAAGUUAGUAUCAAGACACGUAGAUAAAGAUGGAGAAGGGCGCGUGUCCCUUGUCCCAGAAAAUACGGAGGAUAUGUGGCACGCAUAUAAUCUCAUUAGCGAAGGAGACUUCGUCAGCUGUUCCACUAUCAGGAAAGUGCAAAUGGAGUCUGCGACUGGUAGCUCUAACAGCUACAGAGUCCGAACUACUCUAACGAUAUGUGUAGAAAAUAUUGAUUUUGAUACGCAAGCAUGUGUUCUACGACUUAAAGGUAGAAACGUGGAAGAAAAUAAGUAUGUUAAGACAGGAGCAUAUCACACUCUUGACGUAGAACAAAAUCGUAAAUUCAGUAUCACCAAAGCUAAAUGGGAUUCUAUUUCUUUGGAAAGAGUCGAUACUGCAUGCGAUCCUGCACAGAAUGCUGAUGUAGCUGCUGCAAUUAUGCAAGAAGGCAUAGCACAAAUUUGCUUGAUAACUUCCAACAUGACAAUAGUCCGUACGAAAAUUGACCAAGUUAUACCAAGGAAGAGGAAAGGACAUGUUUCGCAACAUGAAAAGGGCUUGGCACGAUUUUACGAGAGCAUCAUGCAAGGCAUAAUAAGACACAUCAAUUUCGACCUAGUGAAAUGCGUUAUCCUUGCCAGCCCUGGCUUUGUGAAAGAUCAGUUUAUGGAUUACAUGAUACAACAAGCGGUUAAAUCUGAUAAUAAAGUUAUCCUAGAUAAUAAAAGUAAAUUUUUGCUAGUACAUACUAGUUCAGGUUUUAAGCACUCAUUAAAAGAGGUUCUAGCUGAUCCUGCAGUUAUCUCUCGAAUUUCCGAUACUAAAGCAGCAGGAGAGGUAAGGGCUUUAGAAGCAUUUUAUAAUACUCUACAGAUGGACCCUGCUAGAGCGUUUUAUGGCAAGAAACAUGUUGAAAAAGCCAGCGCUGCUCAAGCAGUGGAAACUCUACUUAUAUCAGAUAAAUUAUUCAGGUGUCAAGAUAUAGCAUUGAGAAAGGAAUAUGUUCAGCUGGUUGAAAACGUAAAAGACUCGGGUGCCGAUGUCAAAAUAUUUUCUAGUUUACAUGUCUCGGGUGAACAAUUAGAGCAAUUAACUGGGAUAGCAGCUUUAUUACGUUUUCCUAUGCCGGAGCUGGAGGAUGAAAGUGAGGAUGGUAGCGACUCGGAGGAAGAUUAGAAGUACUAUCGAGAUAUGCUAACAGUUUUGUAUAUAUUUGUGCUGUGCGCAAUAAAAAAAAUAUCUCAAUAGUAAAAA